CCACCUAAACAGACAUUUUACACUUCCUUUAUACUACACUCCAUUACAUUUCUUGAAGUAUGUUUUUCUUCUCGUUGCAGUUGCUAUGUACUUUGAUAAGUUCUACUGGAAUCGUCAAAAGUGUCGCAAUGUUCCUAAAGAGAUAAAUACUUGUUAAAGAAGGAAACAGAACUGCGAGUGAGAACGAUUUGACGUAACUGUCAAAAUAGUUUCUAUCGUAAUGUCAAAAGCUAAGGUUUCGGCGGAAUGGAGGAAGAGGGUGAAGUCUGAGUACAUGCGUCUGCGACAAAUGAAGCGUUAUAAGCGAGCGGACGAAGUCAAAAUCGCGUGGAAUCAGAAUCGCAAAAGUAUGACCGAACUUCUUGUGACUGAACAAAAGCGUUGGAUGGAUGGAAAGGCGGUGUCUCUAAUGAUACAAGAUAUUCCACCUCACCUUUCCUGCAUGAAGAAAGCUGAAAUUACAAGUUCUGACGGCGAUGUGCAGACAUGUCCUGUAAAAAUAAUUAACGCAGUUACUCCUAUUCCAACAAUGUACACGUGGGCUCCUAUUCAACAGAACUUCAUGGUAGAAGAUGAAACUGUCUUGCAUAAUAUUCCUUACAUGGGUGAUGAAAUUUUGGAUCAGGAUGGUACUUUUAUUGAAGAACUCAUCAAAAAUUAUGAUGGAAAGGUCCAUGGUGACAGAGAAUCUGGUUUCAUGGACGAUUCCAUCUUUGUUGAGCUGGUAAAUGCUCUGGCAAAUUAUGAAAAAGACGAUAAGGAGAAAGAUCAGAUAAAGAAGGGAAAGGAAUCUUUAAGAGAUCAAAAGGACAACGAGAAGAAGGAUAUUGACGUCAAAUCUGAAGUAAAGAUAGAAAAGACUGAAAAUGGAACGGCAAUGGCCGUUCCCUUCCCAUCGAUGCAUAUAUUUAAUGCAAUAUCAAGCAUGUUCCCUGACAAAGGAAGACCCGAGGAAUUAAAGGAAAAGUACAUUGAAUUAACCGAAAGAUCUGAUCCGAAUGUUCUACCACCCGAAUGUACGCCCAAUAUAGACGGCGUGAACGCGAAAAGUGUACCGCGGGAACAGACGAUGCACUCGUUCCACACGUUGUUUUGCAGGAGGUGCUUCAAGUACGACUGCUUCUUACAUCCAGCCAGGGGGACCUCGCCGCAAGGUCUUCAAGUUUGCCAUCCGGGCCCGAAUCUGCUGAAGCGAAAAGGACCCGAUUUGAAACCGUUUUCAGAGCCAUGCGGGACAGAAUGUUACAUGCAUUUGGAUGGAAUGAAGGAGAAACUGGCGGCGCAGGCGGCGGAUAUAAAGGAAGAAGAGGGCGAUGAGAAACGCGGUGGGCCACCUAGGAAGGUACGAAAACAGGCGAGCGUGGAUUCUGGAAACGAGGCAAGCAGCGAAGACAGCAACGAUAGCAAUAAGUACGGUCAAGGAGGCAGUUGUCAAGACUUCAAGCAAAAUGUUAACAAAGACUCCAAACCCGAAGAAAUAAUGGAAGACCAGGCACAGCCGGAGAACCAAACACCUUUCACGCUGUUGGGAACCGGCGGAAAACGCAUCAAAACUGAAAGCGAGUUCUCGUGGACGGGCUCCGAGCAGAGCUUGUUCCGAGCUCUCCACAAGGCCUUUCCCGGCAAUCCGUGCGCGUUGGCGCAGAUCAUGUUGACGAAGACCUGCCAGGAGGUGUACGAGUUCGCGCAAAAGGAAGCUUCGGACAUUCCCGCUAUCGAGAACCUGAAAGACUUCACGCCUCCGCGAAAGAAGAAGAAGAAGCAUCGGUUAUGGUCGAUGCACUGCCGAAAGAUACAGCUCAAGAAAGAUUCCGAAGUGCGAAACUACAAUUCUGUCUCAACAGGUGCUAAUCACGUGCACAACUUUGCGCCGUGCGAUCACCCGGGUCGCCAGUGUGACAACUCGUGUCCGUGUAUACAGGCGCAGAACUUCUGUGAGAAAUUCUGUCAGUGCAGCAGCGAGUGUCAGAAUCGGUUCCCCGGCUGCAGAUGCAAGGCGCAGUGCAACACGAAACAGUGUCCGUGUUACUUGGCCGUGAGAGAGUGUGAUCCCGACCUUUGCCAAACAUGCGGCGCUGAUCAAUUCCACAUCACUAAGAUAUCGUGCAAGAACGUCAGCGUGCAACGAGGUCUCCACAAGCAUCUUCUGAUGGCGCCGUCGGACGUAGCGGGUUGGGGAAUUUUCUUGAAGGAAUCGGCUGCAAAGAAUGAGUUUAUCUCAGAGUACUGCGGUGAAAUUAUCAGCCAAGACGAGGCCGACAGGCGAGGAAAGGUGUACGACAAAUAUAUGUGCAGUUUUCUCUUCAAUCUUAACAAUGAUUUUGUUGUCGACGCGACGAGAAAGGGAAAUAAAAUCAGAUUCGCCAAUCACUCGAUAAAUCCCAAUUGUUAUGCGAAAGUAAUGAUGGUGAACGGUGAUCACAGGAUAGGUAUUUUUGCUAAGAGGGCGAUCCAACCUGGCGAGGAAUUAUUUUUUGAUUACAGAUACGGACCAACGGAACAACUCAAAUUUGUGGGUAUCGAACGGGAAAUGGAAUUUCUUUAAGGAUAUUUAUUUUAUAUAGCGACACACGUUUAUAUAAAUGCAUUGAGCAAGUGUAUACAACUGUAUAGUAUAUACAACUAUGUGGAAACACAGAGAAUGGAAUAAAUACUUUGUUCAAUUUUUCA